CAGACGACACAGAGAAACGCCGUCGGAGCGAGCGUCACUGAAAGGGGGGAAGCCAAUCAGGGUGUCACCGGGCCGAGCGGAUUUCUACACCCGACCCAGCGUGUCUGCUCCUGGUGGGGCCAGCGGGCCGUAUGCACCGGUCUCGGGGUAUUGAACUGCCGCUGACUCAGUACUGAGAGUACCCGGGGAGCUGGAUGGGUCGCACCGGCCGCGGGAAAGGGUAGAGAAAGUAGGGAAGAAACGAGAAGCCUUCAGCUGGCCCAGGACAGAGAGGACCGGAGACACCUGUACAGCAGAUACAGACUGUGUUGUUGCCAUGACGACAGACUGACUGGCGCAGUAUCCGGCCGUCUGUUGGACCGUUACGUCGUCCUCCGCUGCUGUGAGGUGUUCCAGUGCCUACCAUAGACGGGCCACGCAAAGUCGUCUCCAUGUUACCGACAGUGCCUUUCCCGGAGUUGUCCGUCCUCGUGGCGACUGUCGUGGUAUGGACAUCUCGUACAGUCCAAGGCAACAACCCUCCGUUCUUCACUAUGACACAGCAAGAAUGGAUAUGGACUCUACCAGAGGAUACACCAAGAGGAACUGCCAUAGCCCAGCUGACAGCGAUUGACCCUGAGGGAAAGUCCGUUAUGUAUGGGGUGGAGGGGGAGAUCGGACAGAGGUACUUCCUGGUGGACCCCAUCACUGGUAUAGUGGAACUGUACAGGGAGUUUGAUAGAGAGGUUGAUGAUGAAUACACAGUCAAGUUCUCCGUUAUUGACGAUGCACCUGCUAACAAGGUUGAACACGAGGCCACAAUCUACAUCACAGAUGUUAAUGACAACCCACCUACAUUUGAAGGGACUCCCUACGAAACUAAAAUACCAGAGGACUUACCAGUUGGUAGUACAGUGUUCACUGUACAAGCCAGAGAUCCGGACAAGGGAGCCGGGGGCACAAACACUUUCUUCUUUGAUCCUGAUGGAGGUAACCCCUGGUUGUCCACUUCCACCAACCUGGUGAUCCAAGUCAAGGAUGUCCAAGACUCAGACCCAAUCUUCCUUGGCCUGCCUUAUGACGCCACCGUUAGUGAAGACGCAGAAGUUGGUCAUGUUAUAGUAAGGAUAUCUGCAAUGGAUCAAGAUUCAGGCAUUCCGAAUGACAUCCAGUACAGUAUAGUCACAGGAAAUGUGGACGGUGUGCUUGACCUUGACGAUCUUACUGGUGAACUGAGGGUAGCCAAGGUCAUUGACAGGGAGGCAGAAGGUUUCAACCAGGGGCCACUGACCAUCACUGUACAGGCACUUGAGAUUCCCACCGCAGAUUCCCUGGGUGGUGCUUUUAUCCGUACGACCUUUGACAUUGCCAUCAUUGAUGUCAAUGAUGAGACACCCACCUUUGACCAAUCAGAGUACAGCAUCACUGUGUCUGAAUCCACCCUUGUUGGAGCAGCCUUGCCCCUGACUCUACAGGUCAACGACCCUGAUGAGGAAGAAAAUGGUGCCUACAUGCUGCAUCUGGUGGGGCGUACGGCCCCCCAGUUCUUGGUGUCUCCGUCCUCGGCCAUGGGUGAGGCUGCCAUCACCCUCAGGGUCAACAAACCUCUGGACUACGAGGUGGAACAGACACACCUGCUGGAGAUUUUUGCCAAUGAGACCAACGGAGACAAAUAUGGACAUGCCACCAUCACCAUCAACCUCAUCAAUGAGAAUGACCACAGACCAACCUUCACCCAGUCUACCUAUUCACUCACAGUAGAGGAGAAUGUCCCUAUUGGCACCAGUUUACUCAAUGUAUCAGCAUCAGACAGAGACAUAGGAGAGUUUGGUGAUGUCACCUACUUCAUAAACGAUGACGACCCCAGGUUCAGGAUAGACAGUAGGACAGGAGUGAUCUACACCCAGGAGGAUCUGGACUAUGAGGACAGCUGGAGGUUCAGCCUGACUAUCAUCGCGCAGGACGGCGGGACUCCCCCGCAGCAGAGCGCCACCAGGGUCAGGAUCGACAUCCUGGACCUGAACGAUAACAGGCCGAUCUUCCAGAGGGACGAGUACGUCGGGACGGUGCAGGAAAACGACCAGUCACAGACGCCAAUCAUUAGAGUCAGGGCAACAGAUGAAGACUCUCCACCAUACAACAUUCUAGUCUAUAACAUUACAUCUGGGGACUCUCUCCAUAACUUCACCAUAACCACCGAUGAUGGUUAUGGGUACAUCUACACCUCUGCACCCCUGGACUACGAGAUGAUGACAGGAGACAUGUUUGAACUGACAGUCACAGCUACUGAUGGUGGCAACCAUUCUGUCAAUAGUACCACACGGGUGGUAAUAGAAGUUGAGGAUCAAAAUGACAAUGGCCCCGUAUUCAACCAACAGGAAUAUAAUGUGUCAGUGAGAGAGGACAUAUCUGCAGGUGACACGGUGCUGCGUGUGUUUGCCAGCGAUGCAGACAUGUCUGAGGAGCUUGGACAGGACUCCGUUAUCUACUCCAUGUCUGGCUCCAGCCGCUUCCGUAUCAACCCUCGCGAUGGAGAGAUCAAGGCUGUUGAUGGUGGGCAAGGUCUGUAUCAGAGGACAGCUACAGUGUUUGUAAACAUUACAGUGCUGGAUGUUAAUGACAACAGCCCUGUUUUUGUCCAACCUGAGUAUUACACAAAUAUACCAGAAAAUAUCACAGAAACAGAUGUAGUGGUGCAGGUAAAUGCAACAGAUGAAGAUUCAACAACCAAUGGUGACAUCCUGUACGCCAUUACUGGGGGGAACACAGACAAUGCCUUCACCAUUGACCCUGAAAGUGGCGUCAUUCUGCGAGGAGCCACCCCUUUAGACAGGGAAACCCUGGACGGAUACGUGCUCACCGUAGACGCGUACAAUGGUGGGAAACCAGAAAUGCGGUCGACAGUACGGGUGAACGUGAGGAUCUUGGAUGUUAACGACAGGUCGCCAGUGUUUACACAGACUCAGUACGGGAGGCUGGGUCUGCGGGAGAGUGCGGGCGUUGGGACGUCAGCUGUUCUUGUACGCGCCCACGACCCUGACCUGGAGCUGGGAGGACAGGUGGAUUAUGGGUUUGUUGCAGGGGAUAAUGGGAAGUUUGCGAUCGACGAAAACGGGCUGAUCACCACUAGAGCCGAGCUGGAUUUCGAAAGCAAACGAAACUACACGAUUUCUGUCUAUGCUAGCGACAGAGCACCCCCGUACAACACAGGAUAUGCCACCGUGGUGAUUGUUCUAGCCAAUGAGAACGACGAACCACCAGAGUUUAACGCUGAACACUACGAUGCGGAUGUGUCAGAAAACGUGGACGUUGGGACGAGCGUGUUGCAGGUUUUUGCCACAUCCCCUGAUAACCUGGCAGCUAUUGAGUACCUCUUUGACCCCAACACAAAUGAAGAAGUCCUGAGGCGGUUCAGUAUUAAUGGAUCUACUGGCCUGAUCAGCACCAUUGACAGAAUAGAUCGUGAGGAGGCAGCCCAGUAUGAUAUCACUGUCAUCUCUACUGAUGGAGGGAUAGAAACAGACUCUGCCACGGUAUCUAUAGUGAUUGUGGAUGAGAACGACAACUUUCCCAAGUUUGACCUCUUCACCCAGACAGAUGUGAGUGUGACGGAGGGUCCCAUGACUCCCAACGGUUCAGCUAUUGCCCGAGUCCUCGCCAGGGAUCCUGAUGAUGGGGACAAUGGAAGGGUGGAGUACACUAUAGAAACUGGGAAUGAGCUGGGAUACUUCAGAGUAGAGAAGACAGAGUCUGGACAUGGCAUCAUCAAGAACCUACAUCCACUAGACAGGGAGGAACAGGAGGAGUACAGGCUCAGGGUUGUUGCAUGUGACCAGGGCAGCCCACAGCUGUGUAACAAUGUGACAGUUGUGAUCACCCUGGAGGACAUCAAUGACAACGUCCCUGUCUUUAUCUUCAAUUCCUCCUACCAAUACAACGUCUCAGUACAAGAGAAUGUAGGAGGUGGCACUACAGUGACCCAGGUUCAGGCCAUGGAUAUUGAUGCUGGAGACAAUGGCUUCCUUUCCUAUUAUAUCAUCAAUGGGAACGAGGACUCUAUGUUCAGGAUGGACAGGUUGUCAGGAGACAUCACCACACGUCCCAACUCACCCGACCGUGAGACCAAGGAUUUCUACAACAUGACAGUACUGGUGGAGGAUGAGGGGUCACCGCAGCUACAGGCAUACACUCAGGUGUUCAUCUACAUCCUGGAUGAGAAUGACAAUGCCCCUGUGUUUGAGUUUCCCACCUACUCCUACACCCUGAGGGAGGGGGAGGGCAGUGCCGGUAUCUACAUCGUGGACAUCAACGCUACAGACAUUGAUCAGGGACAGAAUGGCCAAGUCAUCUUUGACAUUGCCAAUGGGAAUGAUGGCAAUGAAUUUGAAAUUGAACCUGACACAGGGAAGAUCAGGACUGUGAAUGAACUUGACUAUGAGAACAGUGCAGGAGAGUACCGACUUGCUGUGACUGCCACAGACCAGGCACUUGAUGUGAACAAAAGGAAAACUUCCACAACAACUGUGACUAUCUUUGUGAAUGACAUCAAUGAUGUGGUCCCACACUUCCUGAGAGAACAAGUGGGCCCCAUCAGGAUGGCCGAGGGUCUGUUGGGGUCAUUUGUGGGCAGCUUUCCUGCACUGGACGAGGAUUCUGGAGACUUUGGCAAGAUUGACUACACAAUUUUUGAUGGAGAUGAGGAUGAUGAGUUCUACAUCUCCCUGCUGGACGGUGACCUGAAGGUGAAACAGGGACUGGAACUGGACAGAGAGAGGACGGCUUUCUACAACAUCACCCUACGGGCACAGGACAGGGGACGACCUCCUCUCAAGGGCUUUAUGACUGUCAGUAUAGAGGUUCUGGACAUCAAUGACAACGACCCUGUUUUCCAAGACCUGCCGUAUUACUGCAGAGUCAGUGAGAAUUCACCUGUGGACACCCUGGUGUUUAAGGUGUCUGCAAAUGACACAGACGAAGGCAACAAUGCCUUCAUUACUUACAGCAUCACCAGUGGGAACAUUGGACAGGUCUUCAGGAUAAACGGAACAAAUGGAGAGAUCUAUGUGAAUGGCCUGCUAGACAGAGAAGUCAUCCCACAGUAUACCCUGACUGUCACAGCUAGGGACAACCCCAAAAACCCUUCACAUGUUAGAAGGGAUGCUACACAGGUUUACAUCACAGUGAUAGAUGAGAAUGACCAGAGACCGAGGUUUACCCAGCCGCUGUACAGGGGCAGGAUCUCUGAGAACUCACAGGCAGGCACAGCUGUAGACAUGAGUGAAGACAUCCUGGCAGUUGAUGCUGAUGCCACAACCAAUGCAGAAGUGCACUACUCCAUCUUUGGCAAGGAUGCACGAUUCUUCAGGAUAGACAGUGUCAAAGGUGAACUGUUUGUGAGGGAUGGCAGUUUGCUAGACAGGGAGACAGUUGGCAAUGACCUCAGCUUUACUGUCAUGGCAGCCGACCCUGGUGGACUGAACGAGUCCGCUGGGAUAUACCUGGAGAUCCUGGAUCAAAAUGACAAUUCUCCCAUCUUCACAUCAACACUCUUCAGAGCAAAUGUGUCUGAAAAUGCUUUUCCAGGAACCUCAGUGACCAGAAUCCAGGCUAGUGACCAGGACGAUGGACUUAACAAACUCAUCACCUACCGUAUAGAGAGUGGCGGGCAGGACAAAUUCACCAUCAACCCUGAGACUGGUGUCAUCCGCAUCGCUCACCGACAGGCCCUGGACAGGGAGGCACGCGACCAGUACGUGCUGGUCGUCAAGGCGACCGAUCACGGCAUCCCCACGCGGUCCGGAACCAGCACGGUUCUAAUCGAGGUGGAGGAUAUCAACGACAGCGCGCCUUAUUUCCUACAGUACAUCCACACGGCUACUGUUUCAGAGAGUAUGGAGGUAGGGAGUUGGAUCAUCAAUGUUACAGCUGUGGACCAGGAUCUCAACAGCCUGCUGGAUUACUCCAUCACAGCAGUGGUGGCCACAGAUCUACAGGGGAACCACAUUGUGAACGGGAUGGGCUAUCUGGACUGGUUCGGUGUGGACCAGUUUGGGGGAGGGCUGUUUGUGAACUCCACCCUGAACAGGGAGAAGGCAGAGGUGGUGCAGCUGACUAUCGGUGUGGAGGACCUGACAUCGGACGUGCCACAGAGGGCACGCAGUGGGAGGGAUGCUCAGGUGACGAUCAGUAUCAUCGAUGAGAACGACAACACGCCGACCUUCCAGCCGCCUGGCGUGGCGUUCUACCAGGAGAGGAUUCUGGAGGAGGUUCCUGUAGGAACGGUCGUCAUGAGUAUCAUUGCAACGGAUGCCGACAAGGGGAAAAACGGAAUCAUCACCUACAGGAUUGUCAACGGCUCGCUGGCUACAGAGUUCUUUGCCAUCAGAGACAAAUAUCUGGGCACUAUCACAGUGAGCAGACCUGUGGACCAUGAGCAGCACCAGUGGGUUAACUUCACCGUGCAGGCCGCAGACGAGGGCAAGCCUGUCAGGACAGCUGACAUCCCUGUCUCCAUAGAGAUAGUCGACAUCAACGACAACAAUCCCAUCUUCUCACUCAACAAAUAUCAGGCUUCAGUUUUAGAGAACCAGCCUGCUGGGACAGAGGUGCUGAGGGUGGAGGCUACAGACAGGGACAGUGGCAGCUACGGCAGGGUGCAGUACCACCUGUCAGGGGCAGGGGGCAGGUUUACCAUCCAUCCUGACGAGGGUAACAUCACCCUGACUGAGCCCCUGGACAGAGAGAAGCAGACAGACUACCUCCUGAGUGUGACAGCCAGGGACAACACUGACGGGUUACCUAGCAACAGCAGGGAGAACUCAGUACAGGUUGUAGUGACAGUGCUGGAUGAGAAUGACAACACCCCAGAACCCUCCACGUCCAAGUUUGACUUCCGUGUGCCAGAAAACCAGCCGGCUGGAGAGUACGUGGGGACCAUCCUGGCCAGUGACAGGGAUGAAGGGGACAACGGCAGACUGCAGUUCUCCAUCAUCAAACAGGAGCCAAACCAUGUGAUGUUGUUUGAGGUAGAGAACAGUACAGGAGUGAUUUCUUCAGCCAGGCUUCUGGACAGAGAGACUAUGGGGUACAAUGGCAUUGUGGAGCUUACCAUACAGAUAUCUGAUCUGGGUACUCCUCCGAAGAUGACAAGGACAAAGGCAGUUAUAAAGAUCCUGGACAGCAAUGAUAACAGCCCAUACUUCCAGCAGUCUUCCUACAGCCUGGCUGUGAGUGAGGAUGAGUAUGGGGGAACCUCGAUCCUGGGUCUAGUUGCCCUGGACAAUGAUGAGGAGAACGUGCUGACUUAUGCCAUCACUGAUGGAAAUGAUGAUGGAGACUUUGCAAUAGGAGCAUCCACUGGUCAUGUGAUAGUAGCCAAGUCGCUGGACUAUGAGACCAGGCCUGCAUACACCCUGACUGUCACGGCGUACGACCAGGACGGGAGAAACGGUUCCACCACACUCCUGGUCGAGAUUCUAGACGUGAAUGACAACCCUCCUGUCUUCCUACAAGACAUCUACAAGGUGAAAGUGAUGGAGGAUGUACCACCUGGUGCUCUGGUAGGACAGGUGAAGGCCACAGAUGCUGACCACCUGACCCAGAACAAGAAAGUUCUGUAUCACCUCAUUUCUGGAAAUGUUGACGACACAUUCAGGAUAGAGACAGAGUCAGGUGAAGUCUUCACCCAAGUGGCAGUAGACAGAGAGACCCUGUCACUGUAUCAGCUGACUAUCCAGGCCACCAACCCUAGUGGUGACUCACAGGGCACCAACGGCACCACACAGGUCAUAACUCAGAUGAUUAUCACCAUUGCUGAUGUGAACGACAUUGCUCCAGUGUUUGAUGAAGAUGAAUAUGCACGACCUAUCCUGGAGAAUGAACCAAUAGGAACAUCCAUACUGUAUGUGCACGCUCAGGACAAUGACCUUGGCAACAACUCAAGGUUAUCCUACUCCAUCGCAGAAGGAAACAUCGGUAAUUCCUUCAGAAUCGAUGAGGAAUCCGGAUUGCUUACGGUUAACACUGUACUGAGUGAGAAAGCUCGGCUGAUCAAUGAAUACCGACUGGAAGUAGUAGCCACAGACCACGGCACCCCUCGUCUCCAAGGCAGAACCCUGGUGCUACUGACUGUGGUGGAUGUAAAUGACAAGAAACCACGGUUCAUCAGGCCAAGUAGGAAUAUGACUGUGUCUAUACCAGAGAAUUCUCCCUCUGGCCACUUUGUCUAUCAAGCCUUCGCAGUGGAUGAAGACACAGGAAUUAACGGGAUCGUCAGCUAUGACUUCUUCAUCCCUAACGGGAGGGAGAGGGGAGGGGACUGGGAGAAGUUUACCAUCGAUCCAUUCACGGGAAACAUCACGACAGUAGAGCCGUUAGACAGGGAGCAUCAGGCUGAAUACACGCUUAUAAUUGUAGCCAGAGACCAGGGCCUUCCUGAGCCGUUUGAAUCCACCAGGCCUUUCCGAGUGGAGGUAGAGGAUGUCAAUGACAAUGAGCCAGAAUUUCCCAGGGAUGGGUCAGGCAUGGUGUACCUGCAGACCCUGUCAGUACCAGAACAUGCUGAGGUAGGGACUGAGGUGGGGAGGGUUACAGAGGCAAUAGACAAAGAUGAGGGAGACAAUGCCAUUGUCUUCUACUUCAUCACAGGAGGGAAUGAAGGGAAGUUCUUCCUGCUGGAUAAGGAGACAGGGAUCCUGUCUGUGCACAGGGAUCUGGACAGGGAGACCAAACCUGUCCACACACUACUCAUCAAGGCCACCAGUGAUGCAGAUUAUGAGGUGCCCAGACAGAGGAGGAGGGUUAUCGACGUGUCUGACUCCUCCCUACAGCAGCUGGUGAUCGAGGUGGAGGACAUCAACGAUCAGCCGCCCAGGUUCACACGCAAACAGUACACAGCAGGAGUUACUGUUGAUGCAAAAUAUGGAUCUGAACUAAUCCAGGUUGAGGCCAUAGAUGCAGAUAUAGGAAACAACAGUGUUGUGUACUACUACAUAGAAUCCACCACCUACAUAGAACAGGGGAAGCAGCCCAAGCCAAUGAAGAAGACGUUUCAGUUAGGAGUUCUGAGUGGAGUAUUGACCACCAAUGAACUGUUUGUGGAUUACACAAAAGGAUACUUCGAGCUGAUAGUCAGGGCUGAGGAUGAUGCUAAACAUACCGACAAAUCAAAAAUAGGGGUGUAUGUGCUGCGGGAUGAACACAGAGUGAAGGUAGUCAUCAACGACAUUCCUGACUAUGUACGGACAUUCAGGGAGGCCUUCAUCGCGACCAUUGAUGAAAACUAUGACAGCCUAGAAAGACUUUUCAAGGACUUCAACGUGAUAGAGGUUUUACCUUUCGUUCCCCCGAGGACCGACAAGGACAACAUUGACAUUGUGAGGAUCCUUCUGAUCCUGAUUGGGGUUGUCAUCUUCUUUGGAGCCUGGAUCUUCAUCUGUCUCAUGCUCAGAUACAAGAGGCUGUACAAACGAAAUGUGCGAGCAGCAAUUGCAGGAAGUAUAGCUGGUGCACAAGUCAUACAGAACCCCAACCCUGCCGCCACCCCCGUCACCAGUCACCAGGAGACAACCCACCCGGGGGGCGGGGCAGGGGGCGCACCCCCGCCUGCGGGAGGAGCGGCCGACCCGCGGUACUCUCAGAUGAUGGGUUCUGGUGUUGGUAUGGAGAUGUUUGAUGUGCCAAACACAAACAAGUACUCGUUUGAAGGGGCAAAUCCAAUAUGGUUGGACCCUUACUACAGCCAAUUUGCCGAGUUCCACGAGCCAACAGAGAUUCCUGUGGUUCUGGAGGAUGGAUUCACCAUCGAAGGUGACGAGUACGAAACACAGGAAGUGAGUAUGGAGAUUCACGGAGACCAAGAAGACGAGAGCCCCAAGAAGGGCUCCCAUAGUUCUGACGCCAUCCUCAAAAGUGUCCUCAACGAUCACUGGCCAAACAACAACUCCUCGCAGGGUGACCGAGCGCCCAGACCCCCACCCCGGAGAGUGGGCGUUCACUCGGAGAACAACAACAACUCCAACAAGCGGAAUGCGGCGUCCACGGAGGGGAGUUUGAAACACGGGAUGACGAGAACGACCAGUAGCACGGUGAUCGUGAACCCGGCGGUACAGAACUGUCAGGACGCCAUCUCGUCUGGCGAGGAGAGCGAUGCGGAGAACUCGAGGAGCGGCAGUAGCGGUAGCAGUAGUCAGUCUGGGAUGAUCAAAGAGAAGGAAGUACACCUGUGGAAAACAUGAACCUUGAACAACAUGGUCUAGACCAUGUAGAUGAACUUAACACAACAAAGUUAGAGGGACAGACAUGGAAC